AUGGUCGCCGAGAUGUUCGACUCUUCGUGGAAGGUUCGGAGCAUUUGGGACGGGGUGAGGCUGGAGGUGGCCCACGACCCCAGCCCCGUGGUUCUGCACAGUUUCACCCACCUGGACCCGGACCUGCCGCUGCUGCUGGAGCCGAGCUCCACUCAGGAGAUCGGAGAAGAGUCCGAGGAGGAUGCGGUCUUCACCAUCACGCUGCGGAAGAUGCAGUUGCACCACUCGGCCAGUAAGGGGCAGCGGUGGCUGGGCGUGGACUCCGAGGCGGCCCUGAGCUUGUAUGAGACCUGUAAAUUGCGGACCAUCAAGGCGGGGACCCUGGAGCGGCUGGUGGAGUACAUGGUGACGGCGUUUAAGGACCGGGACUCCACCUACGUCACCAUCUUCCUCUGUACCUACCGCUCCUUCGCCUCCACCAGACAAGUGCUGGACCUGCUGCUGAACCGAUAUGCUAAGCUCCAGAAUGUGCCUGUCACUGCUCACAGAGUCUCUCAGGACGAGUGCAUAGAGCUCAGAAAUACGGUGUCCUCGAUCCUGGGCGCGUGGUUGGACCAGUACUCGGAGGACUUCUGGACCCCUCCCACCUACGAGUGUCUGCACCAGCUGCUAGCUUACCUGCACCUGCACUUCCCCGGGUCGGACCUGGAGCGCCGCGCCCGCAACCUGCUCGCUCACUUCCUCCGCAGGCAGCAGUGUGAGCCAGACUCCGACGGGGAACACAUCGGGUGUCCGUUUGCGACGCAGGAGGAGAGUGGGUUUGAGGACGAGCUCCCGGCCUUCAGCUUCCUCUCCUUCGACCCCAUCAUGGUGGCCGAGCAGUUCACCCUCAUGGACGCGGACCUGUUUAAGAAGGUGGUACCGUACCACUGCCUCGGCGGGAUCUGGUCUCAAAGGGACAAAAAGGGAAAAGAACAUUUGGCGCCGACGAUCCGCGCCACGGUCGCUCAGUUCAACUCCGUCACCAACUGCGUCAUCACCACCUGCCUCAGCAACCCCAGCCUCAAGCACACGCAGCGGGCACGCAUGCUGGAGCGCUGGGUCGACGUAGCACGGGAGUGUCGGAUUUUGAAAAACUUCUCCUCGUUACGAGCCAUUUUAUCAGCGCUUCAGUGCAACUCCAUCCACCGCCUCAAGAGGACGUGGGAGGAGGUCUCACGGGAGAGUUUCCGAAUGUUCCGGGAGCUGUCGGAAAUCUUCUCUGACGACAAUAACUACUCCCUCAGUCGAGAGCUGCUGGUAAAGGAGGGAACGUCUAAAUUUGCCACUUUGGAAAUCAACCCCAAACGCGCUCAGAGGAGGCACCAGCAGCAGCGAGACCUGGGGGUGAUGCAGGGAACCAUCCCAUACCUGGGCACGUUCUUGACCGACCUCGUCAUGAUGGACACGGCCAUGAAAGACUACACCGAGAAUGGACUCAUCAACUUUGAAAAGAGGAGAAAGGAGUUCGAGGUCAUCGCUCAGAUCAAACUGCUGCAGCUCGCCUCCAACAACUACAGCUUCACUCAGGACGGUCACUUCAGAGAGUGGUUCAGCGGCGUGGAGAAGCUAACGGAGGCCGAGAGUUAUAACUUGUCCUGUGAGAUCGAGCCUUUGUCAGAAUCUGCCAGUAACACGCUCCGAGCCAAAAAAAACGGAGGCAUCAUGAAGCGCUGGAGCGAUCGGCAGCUGACAGAAGCCGGCUGCAGCGGCUCCUCGUCACAUUCCAAGUCGUUCGAUCAGGCUCAGUAUCGACCGUAUCAGAGCGGAGGAGACAGCGGCGACGCCCUCAGUGUCACCUCCGUCAGCUCCAGCGGCUCCGACCUCGAGGACGUCAACCCCAGCUUCUUAUCAGACUCUCCAGAGGGACAUGAACGCAAGACGUCGACUCCGUCAGUGAAACUCUCGGUGUCUGUUCUGGGCAGAGACGCUCCCGCCGCUGACACCACCUCCACGCACAGCCCAAUUUUCAACUCUUCACUGCUACUUGUGCAUCAGGGCCUUUUUCCACAGAAGUCUAGAAAUCAUGGCUACACUCCGUUCUGGGAGUGUACGUCCCUGUCGUCCCUGGACACCUCAGGGAUGGGCUCUGGCUCUGGCUCCUCCUCCGCCUCCUCCUCCUCCGCCUCCUGCUCCACGCCGCUGUCCUCCUCUCGCUCGCACCACAAACGCUCCGUCUCCGCCGUGUCCAACUACUCCACGCUGUCGCUGCCGCUGUAUAACCAGCAGGUGGACGACUGCUGCAUCAUCCGCGUCUCUCUGGACGUGGAGAACGGGAACAUGUACAAGAGCAUUCUGGUGACGAGUCAAGACAAGACUCCGGCCGUGAUCCGCAAAGCCAUGAUCAAACACAACCUGGAGCGAGACCAGAGCGACGACUACGAACUCAUGCAGAAGAUCUCAGAGGACAAGGAGCUGCGGAUCCCGGACAACGCCAACGUCUUCUACGCCAUGAACUCCACGGCCAACUACGACUUUGUGCUGAAGCGGCGCGGCUCGAUGCGUCCGGUCCGAGCCAAAGCCGUGGCCAGCUCCACUCUGCCGCGGAUGAAGCAGAAGGGAAUCAAGAUCGCUAAAGGCAUUUUCUAA